AUGCGACAUGUAUUUUACAACUGGAAUAAACCAAUUUAGCCGACUUUAUGUCUAAAAAAUGUAGUACUUAAUGAUGUCUAAAAAUGUUUUGUUGCUGAAAUCAAGGGAAAUAAAUAUGUAAAUAAUUAAUCGAUCAUGUUUAUCUAUAUAAAAGGCCAAAAAUCCCAUAAUCUAUCAAAAACCAUGAAACCCAGAGGAAAAAGAGGCACAUUAAUCGUCAUGGCCGUUGGUACUGUCACCGUUUUGGUUAUCAUCGGAAUUGUGAUGGGAGUAACUCUGACCAAUGGAGAUAAGGACCUGAAGAUGGUUCACAUUGUGAUGCGCCAUGGCAUAAGGACACCAGCAGACACUUAUCCAAAUGAUCCGUACAUUAAUGAAACUUUUUAUCCAACUGGAUGGGGACAGUUGACAAAUGAAGGAAAAAUCCAGCUUUACGAGGUAGGCAAAUUCCUCAGAGAGCGUUAUCACAAAUUCCUUGGCGAUCACUAUUGGCCCGAUGAGUUCUUCACUCAAUCUACCGACGUAGAUAGAACGAAAGCCAGUAUGCAACUGAUAAAUUCUGGACUCUGGCCACCAAAAUCUAUACAAGUUUGGGGUCCGCUUAAUUGGCAGCCUGUCCCAGUGCAUGCGGAGCCUUUGAGCCAAGACAGUCUGCUUUUGGUGAGAUUACCUUGUGCCAACUAUCACAAAGAGAGAAGCAAGGUUUUAGCAACAGAAGAAAUCCAAAAUAAACUCAAAGAAUAUCAAGAUUUGUUCGAGGGCUUGACAAAACAUACAGGACGUACUGUAAAAGAUUUUGAUGACGUUCAAGAUGUUUUCAGUACUUUGAAGGCUGAGCAAGGUUUUAACUUAACUUUGCCAGCAUGGACCAAAGAAUACUACCCAGAUAAAAUGUACGAACCAGUUGUGUUCAGUUUUAUCCUUAAUGCCUAUAAUGAUGAAAUGAAUCGACUUAAAGGAGGCGUUCUUCUAAAAAAAAUCCUCAACGAUUGGCAAUCGAAAAUUAACGGAACCAUCUCACCAAAAACAAGAAAAGCCUUUUUAUAUGGUGGUCAUGAUUCCACCAUAGUGAACUUUAUGAGGAGUUUGAAAGUAUGGGAUCCACAGUUGCCAGAUUAUGCCAUUACCAUUUUGCUGGAGCUUUCCCAAGAUCAAGCUGGAACUUAUGGAGUAGAGGUGUUUCUAAGAAAUUCUACUGCAGUACCUCCAUUCAAGCUGACUAUUCCAGGAUGUGACAGUUUCUGUCCUCUGACUAAACUCACCGAGCUUACCAAAAGUGUUAUUCCAACCGACUGGGAAGCUGAAUGCGGUAACGAUGGUGAUUACGUUGUACCUGAGCCUGGUGGCCCAUAGAUCAUUCGUGUUUUUUUUUGUGUGAUCUAUGACCAUUUUCAAGAUUUUAUUUUUGUAUAUUUGUCUUUUUGAAUAAAAAAUUGAUAAAAUCCUA